UUGUUCAAUAUUUCUUCAACAAAUGCGCAACGAUUUGGUCGACCAAAACACUGUAAAAAACCAUGUAAUCAAAAAUUCGACUGUACUUCAGAAAAUCGUGAGUGCUUGAAAGAUGGUGAUGACUGUGGAAAAUCGUGUGUCAAUCGUUUCGCUACAUGUCCAGCCUUAAAAGAUCCUGCACAUGGAUGGGUUUUGUUGGUAGAUACAGUUUUUAAUUCAAGUGCCGAAUAUGGAUGUUACAAAGGUUAUGAAUUGAUCGGCAAAUCUCAACGAAGAUGUCGAGGUGAUCGACAGUGGAGUGAAGCUGAACCAAUAUGUAGACCAAUUGCAAAAUGCGAUAGUAUACCAGAAAUAUUCUAUGGCAUUAACAAUGGCAGUAACCUUCAAAAAUUGUAUGAUUUGAAUACGAUCGUCUACUAUCAGUGCAUAAAAGGAUAUUAUCCUGAAGAUGAGCAUAUGUCGGUUCCAAUUGCUAAAUGUUCCUUGAGUAGAACGGGUAGAGCUCGAUGGCAUGGACCGAAGCUCGUUUGCAAAGCGCGAAGUUGUUUGGAAGCACCGCAGAUUGCGAACUCAACUCGUUAUGGGGACAAAUUUGAGUACCCUAAUGAAGUAACAUACGUUUGUAAUCCCGGCUUCAGGAUGUAUUACGAAGGAAGAAAAGUAAUCGAUGACAGAAUGACCGCAAGAUGCUUGGAAAACGGCUCUUGGGACAAGGGAUUCCCCAGCUGUUAUCCUAUAAACUGUUCUUACCCGCAUAAUCCAAUCAACGGCGAAGUACGGGGCAACUCCGUUAGUUUUAUGUCAGAAAUUCAUUACUCAUGCAAGCGCGGAUUUCGACUUGUUGGGCAGUAUUCGAGAAAAUGCAAAGAAGACGGAACUUGGACUGGCAGUGAACCAACUUGUAGUGCGUCAUCAACUCUGUACAAAAAUCCUUAUGUUUUAGAAAUUCUUUGUCCACCACUUAAAACGUUGUUUAAUGGGGAAAUAGAAAACAAUAGCAAUAAAGCUGGUUCUACAGUAUAUUUCCGAUGUUGGGAGGCAACAAGUUUGGAAGGACUGGAUUCGGCUACGUGUAAGCUGACUGGUGAAUGGUCGAACACCAUGCCAACAUGCCUUGCUCACUGCAGAAUUCCAUAUAUAAUCAAUGGGCGAAUAAUUGAGUACGAAGUCAACAGAAUGGUACGCAAUGGAACAAAAGUGACACUAAGUUGCCAGGCAGGAUAUGAAUCAAAAGGAGAUAUUAAAUUGGAAUGUAAUAAUGGUACUUGGUUGCAGCCAGCUUUAUGCAAACCUGCUGACUGCGACUGGCCACCUAAGGUUAAAAAUGCGCUGGCCAUAUUUGUGAAGUCAAGACACGGUUCUUAUGCUCGGUAUGAGUGUAACGCAGGUUUCCGGCCAAGCAACGACAAUAAGAUGCAGUGCAGAUUUGGAGUUUGGAGAUGGGCACAAAUUGGUGAUAAGUUCCGCUGCAAUCCUGUGUUUUGCUCAAACCCCAGGCACAGUUACGGCACUUUAAAAGGUGGUCAAAUUUUACUGGAGGGCCAAGUUGGCUCUUACACAUUUCCGGAUGACAACAACACUGAACACGGCAGAUCAAUAACAUUCCAGUGUUACAAAGGGUACAUCUUAAUCGGACCACCCAGGGGAAUUCUGAACAGCGGUACUUUUGGCAGACUACUAUAUACAAUGCUUUGUAAGGCGACAUGCAUAAAUGGUACAUGGAUGCCGAAAUACAAGCCGGAGUGCAUCCAGAAGAAAUACCCGACAAUGGAAGGACAAAUUCGCUGGGCUCGCGACAAGCGGUCAUUCGGCUGUCAACCAAUUCGUAGCGACUAUAGAAAAAUUAUUUCUUACUUCACCGUCAAUGGCACCUUCAUUGCAAAAGUGACUUGCUUAGAGGGAUAUCAGUUUACUAGCGGUUCGUCGAGCAUGCAGAUUAACUGUGUCGGAGGUCGUUGGGAACGAUCAUUCCCAGAGUGUAUUGUUGUGGACAAAUGUCGAUCAAAUGACCAUUUUAUUUUGAACACUCUUAUUGCAGACAGGUGUAGGAUUCCUCUGAAAAAGCAUGGUUUUUUUAUCUUGGUCGAUAGCAGAAAAUUCUUGCAGUCCGGAGAAAUGGUUGAAAACGGCAGCAAAGUGAAACUGAUAUGCGACCUCAACAGCAAAGUCAACGGCUAUGACACAGUAGAAUGCCGCAGAGGAAAAUUUUUGAAACGUGCUGGAAAAUGUAGACCAAGCAAGUUUCUUUUCAUUAGAGCCUAA